ACACUUCCGUGUUUAUGCUGCUGCAGCCUUGACUGUUUCAGAAUCAGCUCCUCUGUAACAUCUAGCAAUUUUGCUGACCGCAGUUCAGCGCUUCGACAUCCGGGAUCCUCGUGUGACAGUCAGCUGAUCGCAGCCAGGAUCUGCAAACAGCUUUGAGCGCUCCUGUCUGACUACACGUAGUACAUUCAGAGUUAUUUUAAACGGGUAGAAAUGGCCACACUCCCACCUAAAUUAAAGACUGUGAUUACUGCCAAUGAAAGGCUGCAAAACUUGAAAAAUACUUUCGAAACAAAGUAUGGAGAAUCUCCUCUCUUCUAUGCAUGUGCACCUGGAAGGGUCAAUCUAAUAGGAGAGCAUAUCGAUUACUGUGGUUAUUCUGUUCUCCCGAUGGCCAUUGAACCGAGCAUCCUCGCGGCUGUCUCAGUAAACAAUUCAGGGACAAUCAAACUGGCCAAUGCAAAUCCUCUGUACAAGGAUUUCACUGUGUCAUGUUCAGAGGACAUUUCCAUCGACAGAGAGAAUCCAAAGUGGCAUUAUUAUUUUCUCUGUGGAGUAAAAGGUAUUCAGGAGAAGUUUGGGAUUGCUCAUUUAGCAGGGAUGUCGUGUGUCGUAGAUGGAACCAUUCCUCCGAGCUCCGGCCUCUCCAGUUCUAGCGCCUUAGUUUGUUGUGCCGGGCUCGUAACAAUGGAGGCAAAUCAAAAGUCCCUCUCCAAGGUGGCACUGGCGGAGAUAUGUGCCAAAAGUGAGCGCUACAUUGGCACAGAGGGAGGCGGCAUGGACCAGUCCAUCUCAUUCCUGGCAGAGAGAGGAACUGCAAAGCUGAUAGAGUUCCAGCCUCUGCGUGCCACUGAUGUCAAGCUCCCAGAUGGAGCCGUGUUUGUGAUCUCCAACUGCUGCGUGGAGAUGAACAAAGCUGCUUCUUCUCACUUCAACAUCCGUGUGGUGGAGUGUCGAAUCGCCACAAAGGUGCUGGCCCAGGCGCGAGGUCUGGACUCGAGCAGGUUUCUGAAGCUGGUGCAGGUUCAGACGGAGCUGAAAGCCUCCCUGGAGGAGAUGCUGACUCUGGUGGACGAGGUGUUGCAUCCUGAGCCGUACAGCCGAGAGGAGAUCUGCAAGGUGCUGAACGUCACCUCCGAGCAGUUUUCCACAGAGCUGCUGAGCGCCAACACUCGGCAUGUGACUCAUUUCAAGCUGUAUCAGCGAGCCAAGCAUGUGUACGGUGAAGCUGCGCGGGUGCUGCGGUUUAAGAGCGUGUGUGAUUCUGAACCUGCCGAAUCCGUACGGGUACUGGGAGACCUGAUGAACCAGAGCCAUGCAAGCUGCAGAGACCUGUAUGAGUGCAGCUGCCCUGAACUGGAUCAACUGGUGGACAUAUGUCUGAAGUCGGGGGCAGUGGGCUCCCGGCUGACAGGAGCAGGUUGGGGCGGCUGUGCUGUCUCCAUGGUUCCCGAUGAGAAGGUGGAGUCUUUCUUACAAGCAGUGAGCGAGGCCUACUUCCUCCCCGAUCCACGCAGAGCAGCGAUGGAAAAACAGAGUUUGUUUGUAUCGAAGCCAGGCGGAGGAGCUACAAUUUUCCUUGAGGAGUAAAAUACUUCAUGUCUGUUCAUACAGCAAUCAUUCAUUAAAAGACAUACUGGUGGGAAGUCAAAUAUA